UCAUGUGCCAGGACUCGUGGCUCCAGUCCUCCGGCUUUCCCAAGGAGAUCCAAACUACAAUUGAGGGCCUAGCCUUUGACGGGAACAAACUGUCUUCCAGCAAAACUAACAAGUUCCUUCAUUCUUUGAAGGACUCCCGGGGCACAUUAUGAUCCCUGGGUAUCUAUACCCUGGGCCCACACUGCAGACAACAGCAGCAGCAAUUCUGUCCCUGCUCAUAUGCGCCCUACCUGGUCCAUUACCAAUGCAAGAAGGAAUCACCACACCGGUGACAUCGUUCCCAGCAAUCACACUUCCCCACUUCUCUGCCCCCUUGCACCAGCAACUGAAGUCCCAGGUUUUACACGACUAUCAAGACCCAUGAACCUCUCCGAAUGCCACCCAUGGAGCCCCAUGUUAUCAUUGGGGGCUGUCUUGCCAUAUUUCCCACAAUUAGGGCAAGAUCACCAUGGACGGUUGGAUACUGGAAACCAUCCACCAUGGAUACUCCAUAGAAUUUCUUUCCUUUCCCCUGCCUCAGUCCCCCCCAUCCACUGGAUAGCCCCAGAGGACCCUUCCCAUCAAUGCAUUCUCCAACAAGAAGCAGAUGUCCUUCUCGCGAAGGGCGCCAUAGAGCAGGGCCUCGUUCGCAACUCUUGAGAUGAAGGCCUACUUCCACAUCGACAUUCACCCGGCCCACCAGAAAUUUCUCCACUUCCAGGUGGGACACCACUACUACCAAUUCCGAGUCCUGCCUUUUGGCAUAGUGAUAGCUCCGUGAGUUUUCAUUAAGGUCAGCGAUGUCUGCCCAUAGGUUAAUUUCCAACCGAACAUCUCAACAGGCUUUAUCUAACUCUGAUUACACUUGGGAGUAUGAGUACUAUGAGUAUGGACCAGUUUCCUUUGAAGGACUGAAAGCUCAUAAAUAUUCCAUUGUGAUUGGAUUUUGGGUCGGUCUGGCAGUUUUUGUCAUUUUCAUGUUCUUUGUGCUGACCUUGCUGACGAAGACAGGAGCACCGCACCCAGACAAUACAGAACCUUCUGAAAAAAGAUUUCAUGUGAGUAGCUUUGUGGCAGACUUUGGAAGACCUCUGGAGUCAGACAAGGUCUUUUCGCGUCAAGUAGCUGAAGAGUCCAGGUCACUCUUUCACUUUUACAUUAAUGAAGUGGAGCAUUUGGACAAAGCAAAACAAAGCCAUAAAGCCCCAGGUCUGGACAGUAAUAUUCACUUCCAGGAAGUAGCUAGGAGCAGUGGAAGGCUGGAGGAGGAGCUGAAUUGCUUUACAAAAUUUAACAUCCCCAACUUUGUGAACACUGACCAGAAUUCUUCACUGGGUGAAGAUGAUCUGCUGAUUUCAGAGCCACCAAUCAUUUUAGAAAGCAAACCAGUUAUCCAAGCCUCACGUCAGAUCCUUGACUGAAAAACCUUGGUUUCUAAAGCUUGGUUUCUUUUAUUGUUUCUGUGGUAUCAGGAACUCUUAUUCAGCUGCUAACAUCAGACCUUUUUGCCUAUUUCAGUAGAAGAUAUUUCAUAUCUUAUGCCUUGUGUUUUGUUGUGAAUAUUGAACUGACUGAUCUCACUUUUGUAUAAAGUGAAAUACUUAAUAUUUUAUGUCAAAACUUAUUUUAUGUCACUUCCAAGUGUUUCCUAAGAUCAAAACCUUCUUCAGCAUUGCUGCUGUUGCUUGUUAUUUGUUUUAUUUAACUAGCCAUCAUGCCCAGCUGUGUUGUGGUAGCAGAAUACACUAACAUGAUACAAGAGUUGUAAUGCACUUGACUUUGCUUUGUGGGGAUUGCUGCAGCUGCAAAGGGAGGAGUAUCAUUGGAUUCUGAAAGGAGUGGCGUGGAACUGUUUGGCCACGAGGACAGUAAACUCAAAUCAAGACCGAAUGGAGGAAUAAGAGGAGGAAGCACCUUUUCGGGCUCUGAAUCUCCUCCCCUCUCCCCUAUUCAAAAGGCAGAUUAUUUUGAAACAUAACCAGCAUAAUAAAAAAUUGCCGUUAAUCUUCCUCCAAAGACUCCUAGCAGCUUUUAGAGGCUGCUGAAACCCCACCUAUCAAAAUUCUAGUGAUGCUGUUCUGUAUAUUAUAUUCAGUUAGUGUUUACAAAAUACAGUUACCAUCUGCUGCUGAAGAAAAACAAAAACAAAAUAUGUGGCCAUAUUUAAUGUUUCAGAAAAUUUCAUAUUCUUGCAGUUGUGGGUGGCUGGGUGACCUAGAAUGAAUGUGUUCUAUUCAAUUCAAUUAAUAACAUUCAGUUUUGUGGACUUGAUUGUCAAUGUGAGCCUUUAACAUGGUGAGCACAGGAUUUAAUACAGAAACAACAGGAACCAGGGUUGAAAACAUUCCUGUUUUGCCCACAGCACAACAGAUAUAGCCAAUUACUAUAGUUUGUGUUUGUAAUUGAUUGAUACUUGCUGCUACUGUACUGUACUCAGAGAAAGCAAGCAAGUCGCUGCACAGUACUUGCAGCUGUACUGCUCGUGCAUUCUGAUAUUUUUUGGGUAACUGCAAAACCACUGCGACCUAUUUUGUAACAAAAUAAAGAAUUUGGGAGAGAUUUAGUUUUAUUUCAACAUAUUUUUUUUUCCACCUUUUUAAAACUGGAAGAGGUAUUGACUCUGAGGUGACACUUACUUACAGAAAACUAAUAAAUAGCUGGAGCCCAUAUGGAAAACCCUGCCUAAAUUUAAAAUUUGUA